CGGUUUCCUGGAGUUUCCUUGCAGCAUGGCCCCCAAACGCCAGUCUUCGCUCCCGCCUCAAACGAAGAAACUGAGACUGCCUCCUGCCCCCAAGUCAGGGCAGACGUCAACAUCUCAGCACUUGCAUAAGGGAGAAAAAGAACAGCAAGAAGCAAUUGAACAUAUUGAUGAAGUACAAAAUGAAAUAGACAGACUUAAUGAACAAGCCAGUGAGGAGAUUUUGAAAGUAGAACAGAAAUAUAACAAACUCCGCCAACCAUUUUUUCAGAAGAGGUCGGAAUUGAUCGCCAAAAUCCCCAAUUUUUGGCUAACAACAUUUGUCAACCAUCCACAAGUGUCUGCACUGCUUGGGGAGGAGGAUGAAGAGGCUCUGCAUUAUUUGACAAGAGUUGAAGUGACAGAAUUUGAAGAUAUUAAAUCAGGUUACAGAAUAGAUUUUUAUUUUGAUGAAAACCCUUACUUCGAAAAUAAAGUUCUCUCCAAAGAAUUUCAUCUGAAUGAGAGUGGUGAUCCAUCUUCAAAGUCCACUGAAAUCAAAUGGAAAUCUGGAAAGGAUUUGACGAAACGUUCAAGUCAAACACAGAAUAAAGCCAGCAGGAAGAGACAGCAUGAGGAACCAGAGAGCUUCUUCACCUGGUUUACUGACCAUUCUGAUGCAGGUGCAGAUGAGUUAGGAGAGGUCAUCAAAGAUGAUAUCUGGCCAAAUCCAUUACAGUACUACUUGGUUCCCGAUAUGGAUGAUGAAGAAGGGGAAGGAGAAGAGGAUGAUGAUGAUGAUGAAGAAGAAGAAGGAUUGGAAGAUAUUGAUGAAGAAGGAGAUGAGGAUGAAGGUGAAGAAGAUGAAGAUGAUGAUGAGGGGGAGGAAGGAGAGGAGGAUGAAGGAGAAGAUGACUAAUGGAACACUGAUGGAUUCCAACCUUCCUUUUUUAAUUUUCUUCAGUCCCUGGGAGCAAGUUGCCGUCUUUUUUUUUUUUUCCUUUUCCUUUUUCUUUUCUCCUCUCGUGCUCAUUCGCCCUGUUUUUUGAAGUCUCCUUUUUCUCUCCCUUUAUACCAUGGUUCUCAGCUUAUUUUGGGGGGAAAUACCUUGAGCAGAAUACAGUGGGAAAAGAAUCUCUACCCCUUUUUGUUCCAAAUUCAUUUUUGUCCCUUCCUGUCUCAACAAAAACAAAAACUUUAUGGAAUCAACACCACCGUGCUCUGUGGGAAAAAAGAAAAACCUUCUGCUCCCUUAGCUCUGCUGGAAGCUGGAGGGUGCUAGGCCCCUGUGUAGUAGUGCAUAGAAUUCUAGCUUUUUUCCUCCUUUCUCUGUAUAUUGGGCUCAGAGAUUACACUGUGUCUCUAUGUGAAUAUGGACAGUUAGCAUUUACCAACAUGUACCUGUCUACUUUCUCUUGUUUAAAAAAAAGAAAAAAAAAACUUAAAAAAAUGGGGUUAUAGAAGGUCAGCAAAGGGUGGGUUUGAGAUGUUUGGGUGGGUUAAGUGGGCAUUUUGACAACAUGGCUUCUCCUUUGGCAUGUUUAAUUGUGAUGUUUAACGGACAUCCUUGCAGUUUAAGAUGACACUUUUAAAAUAAAACUCUCUCCUAAUGAUGACUUGAGCCCUGCCACUUGAUGGGAGAAUCAGCAGAACUUGUAGGAUCUUAUUUGGAAUUGACAUUCUCUAUUGUAAUUUUGUUCCUGUUUAUUUUUAAAUUUUCUUUUUGUUUCACUGGAAAGGAAAGAUGAUGCUCAGUUUUAAACGUUAAAAGUGUACAAGUUGCUUUGUUACAAUAAAACUAAAUGUGUACACAAAAAAAA